AUGAAAUACUCAAAUUUUUUCAAGAGGGCAUCUAUUGCUAGAUACUCUUCAAAUUUAGAUGGAAUGCAGUUGUUUCAUUCUAAAAAAUAUUUUACAAAUUUUUUUAGAGAUACACAUAAAAAAAUUGGAUAUCAAUCAUACAGCACAUCAUCAAUGAAUGAUAGAGCAUAUAACAAUGGAGAGCAAUUUAAAAAAGAGGCAGAAAUAAAAAAUAAUGAAAAAGAAAAUGAUCCCAUAGAAAAUGAAGAUUCUAUAAACAAAAAUGAAACAAAAAGUAUUGAAAAAAACAUUGAAGAAAUUGAUUAUGAAAAUUUUAAUAAAAUUGAUUUAAUUAAAGAAAUUAAAAAAACAAAGAAAGAUAUGGAUGAAAAAAUAAUAGAUAACAAAAUACUGAAAGAAAAAUAUUUAUCUGUUUUAGCAGAAAAUGAAAACUUAAGAAAUAGAUAUAUAAAAGAAAUUGAAAAUAAUAAAGUAUAUUGCAUAACAAAUUUUGCCAAAUCAUUAUUGGAUGUAGCUGAUAAUCUUUCUUUAGCUAUUCAAAAUAUAAAUGAAGAGUCAUUAAAACAAAAUGAAGAAAUUAGUAAUAUAUAUAAGGGAAUUCAAAUGACUGAAACUAUACUUCAUAAUAUUUUUAAUAAAUAUGGAAUAAAUAAAUAUAAUCCUAUUAAUGAAAAAUUUAAUCCACUAUUUCAUGAAGCCCUUUUUGAAAUAAAUGAUAAUACGAAAGAAAAAGGAACAGUUGCAACAGUCAUUCAACAAGGAUAUAAAAUAAAAGACAGAAUAUUAAGAGCUGCUAAAGUUGGAGUUGUGAAAAAUUAA